UACCGCAGAGAUUGGGGGAGGGGAAUAGUGUGCAGACAUUUUGGAAAGGCAGUACCUAUCGUUCUUACUAGGAGGAGGCAGUAUCCGUGUCAAUGGUUUUGGAGGUUUUUUCGGGUAUUAAUUUUUUUUGAGAACAGAUGCUGUUUGAUCAUCAUGGGAAGAAGAGCAUGAGCAAGGAUUCACUAUGAUUGGAGGUUUGUUCAUUUACAACCAUAAGGGAGAAGUGCUGAUCUCCCGUGUCUAUCGGGAUGAUAUCGGGCGGCAUUUAAAAUACGAUAAUGUUUUUAACAAAAUUGAACAGCAGGUGAAAGACAAUGCUAUUAGAAAACAGAAAAAAUUAAAAAGGGAUGAGUCAGAAUAUCGACAAGGAAGCAUAUGUGCUCCCCAGAAGUUAUUGUGGGGAAGGAGUGGAAAUGAAAUUCUGGACUUUGGUUACCCACAAAAUUCUGAGACUGGAGCACUGAAGACCUUCAUCACUCAGCAAGGGAUCAAGAGUCAGGGCAAAGAAAAGGACAGCCAACUGAGAUCCAGGAGGUCUGAAAUGAUGGGUUGGAUUAGGGAAGGAGUUAAGGGCAAAAGGGCUGGGAUUACACUGGACAUUUUGAAGGAGAUAAACCUUCUCAGAUCCCCGCAGGGGCAGGUACUUAGUGCUCACGUGUCUGGCCGUGUAGUUAUGAAAAGCUACUUAAGUGGAAUGCCAGAGUGCAAAUUUGGAAUGAAUGACAAGAUUGUUAUUGAGAAACAAGGCAAAGGAACAGCCGAUGAGACUGGCAAGAGUGGAAAGCAGUCAAUUGCAAUCGAUGAUUGUACAUUUCACCAAUGCGUGAGGCUCAGCAAGUUCGACUCUGAAAGAAGUAUUAGCUUUAUCCCACCUGAUGGAGAGUUUGAACUUAUGAGGUAUCGCACCACAAAGGAUAUUAUUCUUCCAUUUCGUGUUAUUCCUCUUGUUAGAGAAGUUGGGCGUACUAAACUGGAAGUGAAAGUUGUGAUUAAAUCAAACUUCAAGCCCUCACUGCUGGCCCAGAAAAUAGAGGUUCGUAUUCCAACUCCCCUUAACACCAGUGGAGUGCAAGUAAUCUGCAUGAAAGGCAAGGCCAAAUAUAAAGCAAGUGAGAACGCCAUUGUUUGGAAGAUUAAGAGGAUGGCUGGGAUGAAGGAAUCUCAGAUCAGUGCUGAAAUUGAGCUGUUGCCAACCAAUGACAAGAAAAAAUGGGCACGUCCACCCAUCUCCAUGAACUUUGAGGUUCCAUUUGCACCAUCUGGGUUGAAGGUGCGGUAUCUGAAGGUUUUUGAGCCCAAACUGAACUAUAGCGACCAUGAUGUCAUUAAAUGGGUGAGGUACAUUGGGCGGAGUGGUAUAUAUGAGACCAGGUGCUAGAUUGUGGAAACUGUAUACGAUUCCUUGCACACAUUUGUUCGGUUCUAUCACACACCACCACCAGUUCCCUGAGGAAGAUACGAAGGAACCUUUCAGAUUUGACUAGAAAACCAUUGGAAUGCAGAUUCCUUGAAUUACAAAAAAGAAAUGCAAGUUGCAUCCUGUCAUCAUCAGGCACAAAUGGGCUGCUCCCGCAAAUGAACCUGAAACAGAGAUCAGCAAUGGAAGCAUGCUGCAGUUUUGAAGUUGCUAUUUCAUUUGUUAUUGUAUUUUCUCAUAGCAAAUAGUAGACAUUUUCAAAGUGCAUUUAUUGUCUUUGUAUCUUAAUGCAUAUAAAUCAGUGCGUUUUCAAAAGCAGCUGCAUAUGUAUCAGUAGGUCAUAACGUUUAAAACUUGGCAUUAUCUAAUAAAGGCCUGAAACAACCAAAACAACUUAUUCGGUAGCUGUCAGGAUGAGUAGUUUGAGGACUCAAGGUUUUCAUUCCCAUAGAAGAAUGUCAUUUUGAUGGGUUAUGCAAAGUUUUUCUAGGACCAAAAGUGAAUACAUAUUUUUUUCUUAAAUGUAUCUGAAAUAAAAAGGGAAAAGGUAUGCUUAGUCUCAGAAUUUUACCACUCACAAACUACAUAGAGUGAUGAAUGUGUUCAUCAUGAGAUGAAAGGGGGGAGAGGGCAGUUAGAGUUGCUUGAUAUUCCACUACUUCUGACAUUUGGUGUGGUAAUUGAGUCUGUUAAAUAAAAAAAUGAACUCUGUAUUUCUUAUAACUGUCCCUUAAAUUGAGUCUGGUUUUGUUUUUAAGUGGUGGACAAAUGUGGUCAUUGAAGCUGUUGAAAUGUCACUCAUUGCAUUCCCUUCUGGUAAAUACAAUUCUUGAGAAAGUCUUAGUCGUGUAAUAAAUGAUGUACAAAAUGUGA